CUCGAUUCCUCGCGGCACAUCUUUGCACCGCAGAACGACCGUGCAGUAUUUUAUACAAACAUCUACUCUCGAUCUACCCAUGAGCUAACUCCCAAUAUAUAAGCGAGCCGAACUUUUCUCCUAUCUGAGCACUGCUGCUGCUGAAAAUGGCGCCUGGGCUUGCGAACUGGGUCGCGCUGGUUCUGACCGUCCUCCUUGGUCUCUCGUGCCUCGUCGUCGCGCUCUCGGAGGAUGAAACACUGGACAAGCUGCGGUUCGUGCGCCACGCACAGGACGCGCCCCUGGUGUCGCAGUACAACUACAUCGUGAUCGGCGGCGGCACGGCGGGGUGCCCGCUGGCGGCGACGCUGUCGGAGCACUCGCGCGUGCUGCUCCUGGAGCGCGGGGGCCUCCCGUCCCGCAACAUGUCCGACCAGCAGCACUUCACGGACGCGCUGGCGGACACGUCCCCGGCGUCGCCCGCGCAGCGGUUCGUGUCCGAGGACGGCGUGGUGAACGCGCGGGCCCGGGUGCUGGGCGGGGGCAGCUGCCUCAACGCCGGGUUCUACACGCGGGCCAGCACCGACUACGUGCGCGCCGCCGGCUGGGACGCCCGCCUCGUCAACUCGUCCUACCGCUGGGUGGAGCGCGCGCUCGUGUUCCGCCCCGCCGUGCCCCCGUGGCAGGCCGCGCUCCGCGACGCGCUGCUCGAGGCCGGCGUCACGCCCGACAACGGCUUCACCUUCGACCACGUCACGGGCACCAAGAUCGGGGGCACCAUCUUCGACAGCAGCGGCCAGCGCCACACCGCCGCCGACUUCCUCCGCCACGCGCGCCCCAGGGGGCUCACCGUGUUCCUCUACGCUACCGUCUCCAGGAUCCUCUUCAGACAGCAAGAGGGCGUGCCGUACCCGGUGGCGUACGGUGUGGUGUUCACGGACCCGCUCGGGGUGCAGCACCGGGUGUACCUCCGGGACGGCGCCAAGAACGAGGUGAUCCUGUCGGCGGGGACGCUGGGGAGCCCGCAGCUGCUGAUGCUGAGCGGCGUCGGCCCGCAGGCGCACCUGGAGGCGCACGGCGUCCAGGUGCUGGUGGACCAGCCCAUGGUCGGGCAGGGCGUGGCUGACAACCCGAUGAACUCGGUGUUCAUCCCGUCGCCGGUGCCCGUCACGCUGUCGCUCGUGCAGGUCGUCGGGAUCACCCGGUCCGGCAGCUUCAUCGAGGGCGUGAGCGGCUCCGAGUUCGGCAUCCCCGUCUCCGAGGGCGCCCGUCGCCUGGCUCGCAGCUUCGGCCUCUUCUCUCCGCAGACGGGGCAGCUGGGCACGUUGCCGCCGAAGCAGAGAACCCCAGAGGCCCUGGAGCGCGCGGCGGAGGCGAUGCGGCGGCUGGACAGGCGGGCGUUCCGGGGCGGAUUCAUCCUGGAGAAGAUCCUGGGCCCCGUCUCCUCGGGCCACGUCGAGCUGCGGUCCGCCGACCCGCGCGCGAACCCGGCGGUGACGUUCAACUACUUCCAGGAGUCGGAGGACCUGCAGCGGUGCGUGCGCGGCAUCCAGACGAUCGAGCGCGUGAUCCAGUCCCGGGCCUUCGCCAACUUCACCUACGCCAACGCUUCCACGGAGUCCAUCUUCACCGACUCCGCCAACUUCCCCGUCAACCUCCUGCCGCGGCACGUCAACGACUCCCGGACGCCCGAGCAGUACUGCAGGGACACCGUCAUGACCAUCUGGCAUUACCACGGCGGGUGCCAGGUCGGCGCCGUCGUGGACGACGAUUACCGGGUGUUCGGCGUGCAGCGACUGAGGGUGAUCGACAGCUCCACGUUCAAGUACUCCCCCGGCACCAACCCGCAGGCCACCGUCAUGAUGCUCGGAAGGUAUAUGGGUGUGAAAAUUCAGGCCGAGAGAUGGAGGAAAUGAUCGAGAUUUCAAGUUUCAGCAUGGUCUAGGGACUAGGCCUCUAGCUGUGAUAAUGAAUAUCAAUCAACACAUCUGUAACUGGGUAACUGCUCUAGCCUCUAGAGUAGGUUUUAUUUUUCUCUAGAUAUUUUUUUAAUCUCCUCUAGACAUACUCCUAGCUUCCGCAUGUUGUUGGUUCCAUUUCACCACACCCCUAGAUGCAUUGUUCAGCAUUUCGCGGGAAUAAUGAGAAUUAUGCUGAAAAGGCAUGAUCGCUCC